ACAUAUGUAUUCAAGUGCAGUUCCUUAAUAGCAAUAUACUAUUGCAGCACCUGUAUUUUACACAGCUGAAGUGGAAAUGGCUGAUGGAGAAGCUCAAACAUCUGCAAGUUCUGGUAGAAAACGAGGCGGUUGGAUCACCUUUCCCUUCAUUACUGGAGCUCUUGCAGGCUUGACGCUUUGCAGUGGAGGAUGGAUAGGAAACUUGAUUGUGUAUCUGAUUCAGGAAUUCAACGUGAAAAGCGUUGAUGCUGCUCAGAUUUCAAAUAUGAUUUAUGGUUGCACUAGUUUUUUCCCGGUUAUUGGAGCGAUCAUAGCUGACUCAUUCCUUGGAUCUUUUUCCGUUAUAUCAAAUUUUUCCAGUAUUUCUUUACUAGGCAUGGUUCUUUUGGUUUUAACUGCAACCGUUGAUUGCUUAAAGCCUCAACCAUGUGAAAUUGGAUCUACUUCAUCAUGCACCAGUUCCCCAUCAAAAUUUCAGUUUCUAGUGCUAUAUGGAGGCAUAAUUUUAGCAGCCAUUGGUUUGGGCGGUACACGCUUCACUAUGGCCACGAUGGGAGCGAAUCAAUUUGAAAAGGCUACUGAUAGAGGGAUUUUCUUCAACUGGUUUUUCUUUUCAUUAUAUGUUUCUGCUGUGGUGAGCCUUACAGUGAUUGUAUACAUUGAGGACAAUGUGAGCUGGGGUUUAGGUUUUGGUAUUUCUCUUGCUGCUAACUUCAUUGGAUUAGCCAUUUUUCUGUUAGGAAAUUGGUUUUAUCACCAUGAUAAGCCUCAAGGAAGUCCAUUCAUGGAUAUGGCUCGUGUUGUUGUUGCUGCUAUUAGGAAGAGAAAGGUGGUAUUCUCGUCCGAAACCAAGGAUUAUUAUCAGGAAGGCAGUGAAACAAUGACUGUGGAGGCUACAACACCUACAGAUACCUUCAGGUUCUUAAACACUGCAUCAGUGAAAGUUGAAGGAGACAUAAAACCAGAUGGCUCAAAUGCUAAACCAUGGAGGCUGUGCUCUGUUCAACAAGUAGAAAAUCUCAAAAUCCUAAUUAGAAUUUUCCCACUAUGGUCAAGCAGCAUCUUCUUGGCCACACCAAUUGCAAUCCAAACAAGCUUCGUUGUGCUUCAAAUUCUAACCAUGGACAGGCACAUAGGUCCUCACUUCAAAAUCCCAGCUGGGUCCAUUCUGGUUUUGGUUCUGUUUUCAACUUCAGUGUCUAUCACGCUUGUUGAUAGGCUCCUCUGUCCCAUGUGGCAGAAACUGACCCAUCGAUCUCUGACGCCCCUCCAACGGAUAGGAGUAGGACACGUGUUGAACGUGCUCAGCAUGGCAGUAUCUGCAUUCGUUGAAUCAGAGAGGCUCAGGGUAGCUCACAGCCAUAAUGUCCAGGCCUUGUCCGGAUCCAACAAAGUGCCAAUGUUGGCUGCAUGGUGGCUAUUUCCACAGCUAGUUCUGGUUGGCAUUGGAGAAGCAUUCCAUUUCCCUGGACAAGUUGCAUUAUACUAUCAAGAGUUUCCACUGCCGCUCAAGAACACAGCGACCUCAAUGAUUUCUCUGAUAAUCGGAAUUGCUUUUUACCUAGGUGCAGCUUUGAUUGAUCUAGUUAGAGGAGUCUCAAGUUGGUUACCAGAUGACAUUAACAAUGGAAGGCUUGAUAAUCUUUACUGGGCUCUAGUUGUGGUGGGAGUGUUCAAUUUCGGGUAUUAUUUAGUAUGCUCGAGUUUGUACAAGUAUCAGAAUGUUGAAAACAUGGUGGAGGUGGACAAUACUUCUGACAAGUGAGGAUGAUUUUGGUGCGGGCAAAGCAAUUUACUUCGCCAUUGAUGCAUAAACAAUGUAUGAGAAGUUCUAGUAAGUAGUUAUGUUAUGACUGAAAAUUAAGUUAGCGUGUUAGUGCUUCCAGGACUACUCAACAGCAGAUGACAAUAGCUCAUAAACAAUGGAAACACACUGCAAUCAGAGUACAAGACAUUAUGGUAUAAUGAGCAAACGAUAUCUAACAGCUUUAGAUUUGCUCUCAAAAGUAAUCUUGCAAGCAUGGCUUUUUUCAACUCAACACAGCAGAGAGGAGUGAGGGAGGGUAACUGGAUGAAUGAAUAACAAGACUGGUAAGAAAGACAAUUUAGUGUUGGUCUUCAUUACAACGAGAGAGAGAGAACAAGGGAGGUACUUUGAGUGUCAACUCCAAAAGAAUGAACCAUUUUUGCAUAAUUCAGAGAUACACUUUCGUUAACUAUGAGAAGAUGAAAACUGAUUUUCGGGAUGAUGGAAAUUAACUCCAAAUGAAUUCUAAGCAAAAUAGAGAAAUACAUUUCAAAAUCUAUAAAUUUUGAUGGAAACAAAAGUUCCACUUUCACUUGAAAUUUUGUCUGGGAAUGAAUUUUCGUAUUCAAUUUAUACAUUUUCAAAUAAAAUCUAGAAAAAUAGUUUAUCUGUUCUAAACAUAAUAUAACUCUGGAAAACAAGACAAUAAGCAAAUUAGGAGCAACACCAGAAUCCAUGGGAAGGUUGAAAAACAGAAAGUUAUAGAACAGAAAACGAAAACACAAUGCAGCUAGUUUUAUUGUACCCAGCAGCACAAGCAAGCAGAGACCUUUGAAAAUCCAUGUCCGCCGAGGAAAUCAUGGAAUAGAAACUGAGAAAGUUAAUCAUAUUUACAGCAGAAAAACCAUUACGAUUCUCAGCUACUUCAUUGCUUACUAUCAAAGAGGAAUCAAGCAGCAAGCAAAAAAGAAAAAGAAAAAGAAAAGGAAAAACGAUCAUAGAAUUUUGAGGACCUGAUGUCAGUUGUUCGCAUUGAUUCGGACAAGAAAACCUCAUCAUCCUACUUUUCUUAGCACAGCGACUUAUUCAAUACUGAAUUGUAUAUAUGUCCAUAAGUGCGAGAAAAAUAAAUGGAGAAGAAAGUUUCCUCUUCAAUUGCGAAAAUCGAAGGAAUACAGUAGGACCUGACGAAAAAGGGUCGACUCAAUUUAGUACCUCGGGGGUCAAUUUUGCACCAUUUGAGAUCCCUUUCUAGCGAGGCUACUUUGUUGAAAAUUGAAAUUAGAACGAGCCCAUAAAGAUAGCCUACUGGCCGAGAUUCGGGUUUGGUCUAUCCUCGGCCGGACGUAAAUCAUGCUUGGACCUGAUUUGGACCUAAAUUUCGAAUUUAGGGUUAUAAAAGUAGGCCGAUUUGGAUGGCCUUUCGAGAUUAUGAUCUGUUCAUAGAUUGGGUUAGGGAUUUUGAAAAUUUAAAGGCCUUUGGGUCUUCUUCCUCUUGUUUCAAGUCAAGGGCUGAGCAAUGGAGAAGCCUUUCGUUUUAUGUCUAUUAGUAAAAAUCCCCAUGGAACAGAAGAGGAAAGUUAUAAUUUGGAUACUCGCAGAAAGGCGAAGGGAGAAACAAAUAUACCUUUAUACACAACAAGGCAUCUGAUUCUAACUCAGACACAUUUCUCCGUUAUUGAAUUAGAAGAUGAGUUCUUAUUUGUAAUAGUAUCAGUCAUCAUCUACAUUUCUUGCCUCAAUGGAUCCAGCAUUCUGCUAUCACCACGAUCACCCGGCUUUCCUCUUCCCUACCAAUAUAAUUCCUUUCGUUUUAUACGAAGCUACAAGUUGUAUGAACCGAUAUAAUCUCUGGUCGGGAAUCUCUUGACAAGAUUUCAACGUUUUAUAUAAAAAAAGGAUCCUUUUGUCGAACAGGUGUACUGCAUUGCUAAAAAAUGUGUUGACAGGGAUAUUGAUGGUGCGGAUGCGGAUGAGUGGGAAACAAGCUUGGUUGUGUACCUGAUAGAGAAGUUCCAAAUGAAGAACAUGAAUACUACUUAGAUCUUUAAGCUAUGGUGUUCAUUGUUUCAGAUUCCUCGUUGGAAUGUAUUCUCUCACCUGGGUGUCUUCUCUUGUUUCUAUGCUGAGCAGAAGGUAGCCCUAACUUCAACUUUAGAUUCUGCUCAGACCACAUUUGACAAGAAAAAUGGAUGGCACAAUUCUCCCAACUGAUGGAGAAGCUCAACUAUCAGAUUCUGGUAUCAAACAAGGCGGUUCGAUCACCUUUCCCUUCAUUGUUGGUUUUGAAUGCUGCAGCUUUGAAAACUGAAGGAGACAUAAAACCAGAUGGCUCAAUUGCAAAACCUUGGAGGCUGUGCUCAGUUCAACAAGUAGAAAAUCUCAAAAUCCUAAUUAGAAUUUUGCCACUAUGGUCAAGCAGCAUCUUCUUGGCCACACCAAUUGCAAUCCAAACAAGCCUCGUUGUGCUUCAAAUUCUAACCAUGGACAGGCACAUGGCCCUCACAUCAAAAUCCCAACUGGGUCCAUUCUGGUUUCGGUUCUGUUUUCAACUUCAGUGCCUAUCACGCUUGUUGACAGGCUCCUCUGUCCCACGUGGCAGAAACUUACCCAUUGAUCUCUGACGCCCCUCCAACGGAUAGGAGUAGGACAUGUGUUGAACGAUGGCAGUGUCCGCAUUUGUUGAAUCAGAGAGGCUCAGGGUAGCUCACAUCCAUAAUGUCCAUGCUGUGUCUGGAUCCAACAAAGUGCCAAUGUUGGCGGCAUGGUGGCUAUUUCCACACCUAGUUCUGGUUGGUAUUGGAGCGAAGAUUUCUCUGAUAGUCGGAAUUACUUUUUACCUAGGUGCAUCUUUGAUUGAUCUAGUUAGAAGAGUUUUGAGUUGGUUACCAGAUGACAUAAACAAUGGGAGGCUUGAUAAUGUGUACUGGGGUCUAGUUGUGAUGGGAGUGCUCAAUUUCGAGUAUUAUUUAGUCUGCUCGAGUUUGUACUAUAGUAUCAGAAUGCUGAAAAGGAGAUAGAGGUAGACAAUGGUUAUAUUUCUGACUAGUAAGGAUUGUAUAGGUGCGGGCAUGGAAAUAUGUUUUGAUUGAUGAAUAAAUAAUGUAUAAGAAAUUCUAGUAA